UUCUCAUAGAGACGUGGCGCUGAAAGACCCCAAGCACCGUUGUUAAGGCGGCAAGAUGAAUGCCUAUUAAAAACAAAGAGUUAAAGGCAUGCUCGUUUAAGGUAUGCGGCGCAAUAGACGUGGACAGUCGCCGCGGAUUAAAAGUAAAAGACUGGAAGAGAGCAAUAUCAGGAAGGACGUUCGGGGCGGGGGAAGUUAGGCGUUGCAAUGGGCAAUUACAAGAGGCGUGUUGUGUUCCCAUAGCAACGGCUACCUACAGAAAGCACAAGAGUUGUUGCAGAUCUGCCCAUGUGGAUUAUACUUUCUAUAUAGACUUGCUGCUGGAAACAUCUCUCAAUGAGCAAACUACUCCAAAUCAACAUUUCAGCAUGUCUGCUAACAAGGAACUAGUGCUGCCAUCUACUUCAAAACAAGAGCACCGAAAAACAAGAGAUACCUCUUCCAUUGUACCUGUCAGCAAAGAAAAUAAAGAACUCCCUGAGUUAAGAAACAAGUCAGACAUGGUAGACCGCUCAAAGCCUCUUCCCACAUCCUUACAGAAAGACUUCAUCCCAGAAGAGGUCUUGGUUGCUCUGACCAAUGCUGCCAGCCCAGUCCCAUUUCCAUCUCAUUUAAGACCCCCCAAGAAAACCAAAACAGUGAAAGAUUUUCAGGGCUGCAUCCGUACUGUUGAUGGAGUCUGGCAGCAUGCUGUUCGCAGAAACAAGUUUAAGUACCUGAUACAGAAUCCUAUCUGUCUGACCGGAGCUGGAAGGGAUGUCUCUUUUCUGUAUGAUGUCAUUGCUGCAAAAGGGACAAAGAAUCCUCCCCCAACUCCAGAACCUCAUAAGACUUCAUCUGGGAGGAGUUUGAAGCAGCAAGAUGAUAAACUUCCUGCAGCUAUUGCAGACAGUCUUGUUCCGGAAGAAUUUCAUCUUGUAAAAAACCGGGGUGUCCUGGGCUUAGAGUACUAUGAUGAUGAAUACACAACUCUGCUUGAAGACCAUGAAAACAGGUUGCGGAUUUUCCCAUCCAUGAAGCCAUCUGGGAGGUUAGAGGUUCUUCAACUGAUGAAGGUGAUGGACACCAUGCUGGAAAAAGCUGGUGUAGAUAACGAGGAGGUUGGAGUAGCGGGCCUUUCUCAGAUGCACAAUGUCCUGGAGUUGCUGAAGGUGGAACAGAACAUCUAUGACAUAGUAUUUCAUGAAAUCAUCCGACAAGUCAGUGUGGACUGUGCAGAACGAGGAGAACUCCUUUCCAAGCUCAGACAAAGGUAUGUUGAGCUUCUGAACCGGAUUCCCAAACAGAUGAGGAAUCUUUACAAAGAAAUAAUGGCACAGAGAGUGAUGGACAAACAUAUCACAGAUGAGCUGUUCAAUUUCAAGGAAGCUGUAGGACAGCUGACAAGGGAGUUGCGUACCAUCAGAGAACAUGACCACAAAGCAACUGUUGAAGCAGAGAAGGCCUAUCAGGAGCUGGCUGCAGCAGUACGGGAAUCUGAGAUGAAUUCCAACCUUUUGGAUGAAUACCGCAAACUAUAUGAAUUGCAGAGAGCAAGGCUUGAAGCCCAGAUUCACCAGUUAACUCAAGAAAAAGAGCUCUGGAGCAGUGCUACAUAUGAGUUAGCCCUCAAGGUAAUUGAAAAGAACAAGCUGAUCUUGGCUCGCAGAAUGUAUGCUAGUGAAAAAGCUUGGACCAAAGCCGUGAAGCACUUCGUAAUUCUUUUGGAAUCAGAGGAUGCCAAAGAUCUUUCCACACUGCAGGAGCUGACACAGGAAUUCCGGGAACUCUUGGUUCGCAUUGGCAUAGAAGUGGAGCAACUUGAAGACAAUAGUAGACAGAGGGUGAAGAGUAUUCAAAAUGGCUUGACUGGAUGGCUCAACUACUUCCAGAAUCACAUUCUUGGAAAAGGAAGUUACACUUAUACAAAGGGAUCCUCAUUUUUGGAUGAAGUCCUGGUGGAUCUCAAGAUUUGGGAAAAGAUGUUGAAUGAGGAGUUGGAGCAGCUUGGCGGAGAUAUGCUGUUAAUGAGACAAGAACCCCUCAAGACAGCGGCCAGCCUGCAGAAGCAGUGGAUGGAGCUCGGAAUUGCUGUACUCAGUCGCCACAAGGAUCUCAAUGGCAUGAUGCCCCCUGAAUUGAAAACACUAGAAGAAAUCGACAAAUCUUCCAACUAUCUUUGGCAGCAGUACAGUAUAAGAAUUGGUGGGGAGAAUGGGUCUGCUAGGAUUUUAACAGGAUUGGUCAAUAGUUUGGAAGACUGGACAUUCAAAAUGCUAGCCAGCAAGCAAAGGUCUGGUAUGCAUGAAACUGACUGGAUAAAAUUUUUCCAAACGGUUACUGAUUGGCUGGCCCAGAUGGAUGAUCUGUUGAAAUUCAUUGGUACUACGGAGACUCCAGAAGAUCGAAGGCUUAAAGUGAUUAAUAUCCAGGUGAUACCUGAGGAUGUGUUCAAGAAGAUUCAGCAGUGGAUCCUGACCACCACUAGUGGUGCUGAGAAAGAAAACAUUCAACUUUCCCAGGAACUGACUGAUUUCCACAAUGUUCUGAACAAGUGGAUGGUGAAUCUGCUGAUCCACAUGGUGCCAGACCACAUCACUCCGGAGAGUCUCCCUUUGACUGAUGCACAGGUUGCAAGGCAGGCAGAGCACAAGCUGCUGAACAUUUUCAGGCUGGAAGGAGAAGCCAUAGGCCUGGCUGCAAAGCUGACUAAAUUCUCCAGUUAUUUAGUCAGCUGUUGCAAGGAAAUGGUUGCAUCUGUAACACUCAGGAAAAUGGCUAGUUAUGAACCAGAUGCAGAAUAUGAAGUGGAACAAUUAGAGAAGAUCAAGACAGAAUGCCUGGAUUGGAUUGACACCUGCAAUCUUCUUCUGUCUGGAAUGAAGACCUCUCCCACCAAUUUAAUUAGCACAGAGGAGCUGGUCAAUCUGUUUGGGACAGAGGUACUUCAGCCAAAACGAGAACUGCCACCUCAUCCAGAGGAUGUCAUGGAUUCUUCCCUUGAUCAGCCAGUAGACUCCCUCAAGGAGCAUACAAAAGAUGAAGAAGAUAGUGCAAAGGGGAUAGCAGAAACAAAGCAAGUGUUGGAAACAGAGCAACAGCCAAGUACCAGCACUGAUCAGCAAGCUGUAAGUGCCGAGAUCACUUUCCCAGUCAGAUACAUUGGAGAGGAUUCUAACAUACAUGUCAGGUCUAUGCAGAUGGAAGAAGUUACAGUCUCUACGAGGGAGCUAUAUGCUAGCCAGUGGACCACUAAAUUCUCAAAAAAGGAAUUUGAGAUGCUGGCUUCAUUGGAGAUUCUGGAAGAGCGGCUCUUAGAGGCUGAAAAGCGGGCACAGCAAGCUGAGGAAAAAUCAGAAAGCCUCCAUGAGCAGUUGGAAGAAGCUCUGACAAAAAUCCAGGACCUGGAGGGUGCAGAACCAACAGAGAAGUCUGAGGAGGCAUCGAAACUGCAAAUAGUAGUCCCUACUGGAGAAAAGCCUGAUGUACCCCCACCACCUAGUCGUAAAUCAUCCGCGCCACGUACUAAGAAAUCCACCAAACCCAAGCGCUGAAGAAGAGAGUGACCUCAAGAAAGCCUUUGGCUCCUGCUUGUAGUAGACACUGGGCACACUGUGAUGAUGACACAUCCCUGGAGGGCAAGAGUUACUUGGAAUUCUCCCAGUUAUUAGUACAGUACAACAGUUGGCUGAACACUUUGGAACUGUUUCCCAGUUUUUAUUAGUUAUUUAGAAAACUUUCAAGGCCCAGGUUUGGGUUGCCUUGAGAUCUCCCUGUAUCCACCUAUAUAAAAUGGAAGGUAGACUUAAACAUAACCUAGAGGAAAGAUUUUGGGGUUUUGCUUCUUCAUAUUCUUGAGCAGAGGUUUGGAGUGUCUUGUACAGAGGUCCCCAAGUUGUGGCUGGCCUUGGUAUCUAGCAGUUAUUUGAGGUCAUCCUUCUUUCAAGUCCUCCAGGUACAUUGGGGAAGAGAAAAGGUCAGCGUCUCAGUUAAUAUUAAGCUGAGAGACUCUCAGAGGCAGUAAAAGCAGCAUGGCACAAGGUGAAUGAACAAUUUCAAAAGAUUUGAGGAAAGGAUAGUUCUUUAAUUUCAUGCCAGGGUGGUAGAAAUAAUCAGAGACAACUCCUGUUUCUGACUGCCCACCAAAGCCCAGUAUGGAAAUAAUCCUUUCACCUCUGAAAUGUGGGGAAAGGGUGGGCCAUUCACUCAUCUCAUGCCAUGCUUUGGAGACACUCCAAAGUAGCAAGAGAGAUUCUCUUGACUGCUAUCUCAUACACCAGGACAAAGUGAGAUGUUGACUUCUCUUUGCUAAAUCUUCUGCAUGUGCUAGAGGACUCAUGAGGGGUGAAGGAUCUGUUCAUUCCACCCAACAUGAAGCCAGAUAGCUGCCUCCCCACCACCACCCACAGUUCUCUACAAUGUGCAGAGAACUCGGGGGAAAGGAGAGGUCUCGCCUAUUGUGUUUGCUCACAAACGUGGUCCGCAGGAAGAUUCCUGGCUGCCAGUGGCAUUUAUGAAACCCUUACCUUGUAUAAACAGGUUAAUUCCUAGCUUGGCUCGCUGAAGUGUAUUUGAUAACUUUUCAAAUAUGACAUAUCUGUUCAUUUUCUGUCAAGCACUGCAUUGCUGUCUGAAGACUGACUAUGUCUUGUUUGAUGGACUACUGAGCAUUUUUUCUAACCCAAGAACUGUUAGCCUUGCCCCUGCUAUUGUGCCUUCAAGAGAAAGAUAGAGCUAGUAUGGUACUUCAAAUUAAAAAAUGGCAUAUGCUGAAACGGUAUCUUCCAUUUUGAAUGGAGAAUGUGAACACUUGUUUGGUGUUGUAAAGUAAUGGCCAAUUUACAAGCGAUUUAUCUCAUUGGAGUAUGUACCACUUCUCUCUCUGAAGUGAACAUAAUGUUAAAAUGCCCUCACUUCUCUGAGAGGUGAGGAAUUCCAGGGGUGUAGCACUACCUGAGUUCUGGUUUCCUUUGGAAGAAGGAUCACUAGAGGCUUAUGGUGCCUUUGCAAAUAAAUACAAAUAUACAAAUUGAGCAUUAAAUGGAAUUGCAAUAGCAGAGUGUAAUAACAGGUUACAUCAGUCAGUUCCCAGAGAGCCCCCCUUGUACCCCAAAGUACUUCAGCUUUCCUGUUUAGCCACUUCAGUCUAGUCCCAGCCACUUCAGUCUCCAAAAUCUUUGAUACUUGUCUUCUACCCUGUUGGGGUUAGAACUGUUGGGGUGGGCUGGAGAGAAGGAGAAUUGAGUAGCUUCAAACUCUCAUGGUAGCCUGUCCCAUCAGCUGAAGGAUACGUGACUUGCAUUACAACUUCCUGCAAAAUGAUGCAGAGUCAUAGAAAGCACUUUCAGGAACAUCCUCUGGGCCUCCUGGCCAGUGAUCUAAUUUUUUUCAUCUCUUUGUGGAAUGAGUUUUGUUCUGGGCAGCAAUAUCAAGGCAGUGUAUGCACAUGUGCAUUCAGAGUGGGACCUUCCUGAUUCAACCUGAGCGGAAUCUAAAAUUAACUGAGUGGACAUCAAAAAAUGUGUGAGCAUACACGCCUUAGAGGGAACUCUGCUCCUGGCCCAUCAGUCGGUGGUUAGCCUACAGAGAGAUGGCUGGCUAGCUAGCUUUCAUCAUUAUACCCAUCAGCCCAUUACACAAUCAGCACAUGAAGCUGCCUUAUACCAUUGGUCCAUCUAGCACAAUAUUCUCUCCUUUCACUAGAAGUGACUCUCCAAGACACUUAUACCAUUGCCUUAUACCAUUGGUCCAUCUAGCACAAUAUUCUCUCCUUUCACUAGAAGUGACUCUCCAAGUUCUCAGAGGUAGGGGUCAUUCCUAUCCCUGCCACCCAACAACCUUUUAAUGGGAGAUGUCAGAGAUUAAACCUGGGGUCUUACUCAUGCAAAAUGUGCACUAGUCAGCUAUAGAUUCUCCAAGUGGGGUCAUGUGGAAGCUUUGUUUUAAAGGAAAUGCAUACAGUUGCUUGAGGAAGUACAACAUUCCCCAGGCUGAGCUGAGGCAGAAAGUUUUCCGAGCUAUUUUCACUAAAUUACUUUAGUUGCAAUAGCCCUCAAAAGCUAAAUAACCACACAAAGGUAAUGAAAGUGUGUGUGUGGUGGUGGUGGUAGAAGCUUUACUAUAUGAAACAAAACUUGUUUGCUCUUUUAAAAAAAUGUAUUUUAAAUACCGGGAAGUGUUGGCUCUAGUGCUACAGCAGGGGGAAUGUAUUUUGCCCACUAAAAAUAGUUAAAGAAGAAAUAUGUUUGAAGUGUGGGGAAAUGCUAUGGAGGUGAGGAGGUGGCCUUACACAAUUUUUGAAUUAUUUAAAGAGACAUAUGUGAUCAUGAGUGUAUGUGUAUUUCCAUCCAUCUUCUUACUAAAAUUAAAACAUGCAGAUAUUUAAGAACAGUUGCAAAACUCCUAUGGGGAUGGGGAGGGCAGGUUACAAUUGAUUACAGUACUAUCACAAUCACUAGUCAAUCGGAGCCUGCAGCAGCUGUAAACACAACUCAAGAAAUGGGCAUUUGACUUCAGAGAAGAAAUAGUUUCUCCAUUUUUCUCCACUUCAGUCUGAACUGUACCAAAAACCUGAGCUGGUCUUGUGGUAGCAAGCAUGACUUGUCCCCUUAGCUAAGCAGGGUCCACCCUGGUUGAAAGGGAGACUAGAAGUGUGAGCACUGUAAGAUAUUCCCCUCGGGAUGGAGCUGCUCUGGGAAGAGUAGAAGGUUCUAGGUUCCCUCCUGCUCCCUGGCAUCUCCAAGAUAGGGCUGAGAGAGAUUCCUGCCUGAAACCUUAGAGAAGCCUCUGCCAGUUAGAUAGACCAAUGGACUGACUCAGUACAGUAGUCCCUCGACCUACGAACUACUCGACAACCAACGUUUUCGACUUACGAACGCCAAAAAAGACCGGAAGUAGUUGGCGGUUUAGAUUUGGCUUCCUCGACUUACGAAUUUUUAGAUGCGGUUUCCUCGACUUACUAGUGUUUCCAGACCUCCGUGGGUGCGCUUUUCGACCUACGAAAAUUUCGACUUACGAACGUCCGUUCGGAACGGAUUAACUACGUAAGUCGAGGGACCACUGUAUAUGGCAGCUUCCUGUGUUCCUAUGCAGGGUCAGUUUGUUCAGAGCCCACUUCAGGAUAGAAAAAAAUGUGAGUGUGCAUGAGUCUUCAAUAACUUCACAUUUCCCCACACUGUUAGGCAGGAUGAGUCACUUCAGGGGGUAGUUUUGUUGGUAGAACUUUUGUUGAAAGGUGGUAUAUAAAUAUUUAAAUAGUAGUUUGGGAGCAAGUUGUCAGUUAUUUACUAUAGUAAUCUGACUCAGAGUAAGUCAGCUCUAUACAUUUGUGUAUUUUAUUGUUUCUUUACCAUUAUAGGGUAUGGUAAAUCCACCAUUUGAAUUUUCUGUUUCAGGCACCAAUGUGUCUUUGGUUCUCUCUGCCCAUGGUUCCCAAAGCUUUAUAUCUGUCUCCAGCCACAAUAGUUUUUAGGUGUAUGUUGAUUUAUACAGAAAACUAACUUCUCACAAAGGGAGUCUUUUCCAGUUAGCCUGACAAUAACUUUAAUUUUCUAUAUUGACUGAUGCUAUUAGGCAAAAUGUGCUCUUAAAGUGUUCCUUCCACACAAUCACACAGACUGGAAACCUACACAUUUUUAAAAAGAAAGAUUGUUCAGAUUCAGAGGGAGCUGCCAACUCAAUUAUAUAGUCCUAGUCAGGCACAUUCUUUGACCCUCUGAUGAAGGAGUCAGCACAGCUGGUGUUUGUCCUUGAUUGGCUUUCACAGAUACAACUAACAGUAAACAAGAGGGUUGCUCAGGGAGUUAUUUAACAAUUUAAGACAACAAACAGCAAAGCGCUUUCACAGCAAGUUCCUAAGCUUCAUUUGUGCUGUGCUGCUCACUUUCACUCUACAGAUGGGUCAGCCAGUUCUGGCAGGACAUGCCACACCAGGGCCCAAAAAGCUGUGAGUGCAGGGCUAGAGCCAAAUGGGGUUUCCUAAAGGCCUCCUUGAGUACUGCUGGGAUGAUUCUUCACCAUUCACCACCAACACAUCUCAUGUUUUUCUUUAUAUAUCCUGCAGAGUUCUUUUCUUUAAAGUCAGAAGGCAAGAAAUGGAAUGGCUGGAGACUAGGCAAAGGUGGUGGUUUUUAAUCAGUAUUUCUGAACAGCACAAAUUUACACUCUCUUUCAUUAUCUAGUUUUGAGGCUAAAGAGUCAUUUCCCCACCACACACAUGUUAUCCUCACAACAACCCUCUGAGAUAGGUUAGGCGGAGAGAGAAUCACUGACCAGGGUUAUCCAAUGAGCUUGGUGCCCCAAUAAGGAUUUGAACCCAGGUUUCCACAGGUCUAUCCACUAUACCACACUGCAUUUUAGACAUACACAAGGUUUAUAAAGUGUAAACUGAAAUCAUCUGAGUAAGACAAUAGGCCCAUUCCCACAUUAUGUUCAGCACUCAUACAACAAGUGUACACAGGCACAGUCAUUCACAUGUUAUGCAGAACACAGGUACAGAAGUACACGUCCUAUCUGUACCAUGCAUGGGGGUGGGGGCUGAAUCCAGGUUCACUUUUUAAAUGAACACAAGCACGUUCACACAAAUGUGAGUGUACAGAUCUGUACACUUAUACAACAUAAUGUCUGAAUUGGGCUAAUCAUGCAUUUGAAUCCAUGAUUGCUAUACAGGUAGACAGGUACACUCAUCAAAGAGCUAGGAUUGGCUGCAACUCCCCCUUAAGUGUACUUUGUGUGGGAAAACUCACCUGUACUACUUUCUAAUAUAAAGCAUGAUCCUCAACCACUUUGAAUUCAGGAAUCUGAACGUGUAAGUAAGAGAAAUAAUAGCAGGUCAGAAAGCACAUCCUCCUGUGUUAACUAUAUCAACAGCAGCCACAGUUUGAAAUAACAAUUCAGAUUUCUGUUGAAUUCCUAUAGCAUGGGGGAGUCCUUGAUGUCCUUUCGAACUUCUGGCUGGUUGGUAAUAUCUGCAGAGAGGUUACAGCCUGUGGGUUUUAGAUUGGCUAAAGAUGAAAAGUUAAUGAGGUCAAAGGGUAACGGUAAAACUAGGGUUGAAGGUUUGUCUGCAGACAAGGUUUGCAACAGGUGUAGGUAACGGAGCUGGAUGGCAGCUGGUGUGCUGGACAGUCUCUCAGCUGCCAUCUUCAGGGAUUCUGAGGCAACCUUUUCUCCUUCAGCAGCAAUCGCCUAAAAGACAGGGUCAUUUGCAAGUGCAUUUGUCAAAUGGCUGCUGCACAGAAGUAGCUCUUCUCACUUUUCAGGCUCCACUCUCAAACUGCCUUCCUUUUAUUGCUCCCCCUCCCAAUUUAUUUUUUUUUAAACAUUGCCUGACAGUUUACAUUUGCAUUUAGUAUGCAAUGGAUAAUUCUGAGUCUGCAUUAACCAAAAAUGAAUGCACGUGUGCAAAGACUGUAUUUUGAAUUAAGUCAGAAUGGAAGAGCCAGCAACAUUAACUCUGCCCAGUGCCACCCUCCGAUGCUUUGUAAAUACAAGCCAAAGGGCUCUUCAACUGUUUAAUCUUAAGGUUCUAGCAGAAUUCUUCCUUUUGUCAGUUUACCAAAGUCUGUGUGAGCGAGUGAGAGCAAACACUCUUUGUCGUGGGAUACAGAGUAAGAGCAAGGGCUCUGCAAAAAACACUGUGCUGGAAAAGAGAGCAUUAAACAGUCCUGUACAUCUCUCAAAGACCACAGUGGCUGAGAUGCCAUAAGCGGGUUGGUUCUUGGGCCUGGGGGAUAUUAGAGGUGCAGAUUUCCCCUCUAAUUUUAAUUAGAACUAGCUAGCCCUGGUGCAGAGCAUCUGUGCCUCUAGUUCUCCCUCCUUCUCAGCUCCUAGUUCUCAGCCCUCCCACCACCUCUUCCCCACUCCAAUGUUCUUUCUCUCUGGCCAGCCGCUUUUUCCAGCCAGCUGCCACGUCCCCGCCCCUGCCAAUUUCUCCCACCGCCACUGCCUUCUCUCCUCCCCCCACCCACCCAUUCACUGGCCUGUUCAUUGGCCUGAUGUUCCCUGCCACCGUCACUUUCCUCUCCCCCUCGCCUUGCUCAUGAAUUCUUGCGAGAGCUGCCACACAUGGGAUUAGCACUGUGUACGUCUAAGAGAAUUAUAUAUAUAAAUUUUAAUAAUUUGUUUUAUAUUGUUUUUAUUGUGUUAACUUGUGAUUUUUAAUACUGAAAUUUGUACACUGCCUAGAGAUUUACAUAUCCAGUGGUAUAAAAAUAUAAUAAAUAAAUACAUUUGAGGA